CCCUGUGGGCGUUCCGUUGGGAACGACUAAUCUCGCGACAUCUCGCAUUGUCGCGUACAGUAAACGUGUAAACAUAUGACAAGUAGUUCUCAGCUAAGCUAGCUAUAUUUUGCAGUCUAUAGAAUUGACUGCAAUGGACACUGCAGGAGCCCAGGACGAGGCGGACAGGCCCCGCCAUCGGCCUUUCCUGAUCGGUGUCAGCGGAGGAACGGCCAGCGGCAAGUCGACCGUCUGUGCAAAGAUCAUGGAGCUCCUGGGUCAGAACAAGGUGGACCACCGCCAGAGGAAGGUGGCAAUUAUAAGCCAGGACUGCUUCUACAGGGUCCUGACUCCAGAUCAAAAAGCCAAAGCGAUCAAAGGCCAGUACAACUUCGAUCACCCAGAGGCAUUUGAUAAUGAGUUAAUGUACCAAACGUUGAAGGAUAUCGUGGAGGGGAGGGUAGUCGAAGUGCCAACAUAUGACUUUGUCACCCAUUCCAGGCAGGAAGAGAGGAUCACAGUUUACCCAGCGGACGUAGUCCUCUUUGAGGGGAUCCUCGUUUUCUACCCACAGAAAGUGCGCGACAUGUUUCACAUGAAGCUGUUUGUGGACACAGAUUCAGACGUCAGACUGUCUCGCAGAGUUCUGCGAGACAUGAGCAGAGGGAGAGAUCUCGAGCAGAUUCUCAGUCAGUAUACAACAUUUGUGAAGCCAGCUUUUGAAGAGUUUUGUUUGCCUACUAAGAAGUAUGCAGAUGUCAUCAUUCCAAGAGGAGUCGACAAUAUGGUGGCCAUUAACCUCAUUGUGCAGCACAUCCAAGAUAUUUUAAACGGCGAAAUCUGCAAAUGGCAGCGUGGAUCCGUGAACGGCCAAGCACGUGCUCUUAAACGGGUCCUGUCUGAGCAAGGUGACCUACAGAACGGAUCCGCUAACGCCCCAGGAAAGAGGGUCCUCCUGGAGCCCAGCAGUCGGCCUCACUGAGACUGUAUCGAUUUGAAUCGAUUGGCUUUGAGCUUUAAUCGCUGCUACAGAUUGUAUUUAAUUUUUUUUUUUU